AUGAAACCGAGCUGGGCCCCAGGGCUGCUCAGCCUGGGAGUGGUGGUCCUCAUGGAGGGUCUCCAAGCAGCUCAACGUGCCUGUGGGCAGCGUGGUCCUGGCCCUCCUGAGCCCCAGGAGGCCCACACUGUGCCUGGCGAGUGGCCAUGGCAGGCAAGCGUGAGGAAGCAAGGAGUCCACAUAUGCAGCGGCUCCCUGGUGGCAGAAGCCUGGGUCCUCACUGCUGCUCAUUGCUUUGAAAAUGCAGCAAUGACAGAGCUGAACUCCUGGUCGGUGGUCCUGGGUUCUUUGCAGCGAGAAGGGCUGAGCCCUGGAGCUGAGGAGGUGGGUGUGACAGCUCUGCAGCUCCCCAGGGCCUACAACCACUAUAGCCAGGGAUCAGACUUGGCUCUGCUGCGCCUCGCCCACCCCGUGGCCCCAACACCCCUUUGUCUGCCCCGACCUGCCCAUCGCUUCCCUUUUGGGACUUCUUGUUGGGCCACUGGCUGGGACCAGGACACCAACGAUGCUCCCAGGACCCUGCGAAAUCUACGCCUGCGUCUUAUCAGUCGCCCCACAUGCAACUGUCUCUACAACCGGCUACACCAGCGGCUAUUGGCCAGCCCAGCUCGGCCCGGGAUGCUGUGUGGAGGUGCCCAGCCAGGGAUUCAGGGACCCUGUCAGGGAGACUCUGGGGGCCCCGUAAUCUGCCGAGAGCCCAAUGGACACUGGGUUCAGGCUGGGAUCAUCAGUUUCGCAUCCAGCUGUGCCCAGGAAGACUCGCCUGUCCUGCUGACAGACAUGGCUGCUCACAGCUCCUGGCUGCAGGCUCGAGCAGAGGGAGCCACUUUCCUGGCCCAGAACCCUGAAGUCCAGGAGAUCAGUGAUGAGGACAGCUGUAUAGCCUGUGGAUCCCUAAAGAGAGGGCCCCAGGCAGGAGGCCCUUCCCCCUGGCCCUGGGAUGCCAGGCUAAAGCACCAGGGGAAGCUGGCCUGUGGCGGUGCCCUAGUGUCGGAAGAGGUGGUGCUGACUGCUGCUCACUGCUUCAUUGGGCGCCAGAACCCAGAGGAAUGGAGUGUGGGGUUGGGCACUGAGCCAAAGGAAACGGGCUUGAAGCAACUCAUCCUCCAUGGGGCUUACACCCACCCCAAUGGGGGCUACGACAUGGCCCUCCUAUUGCUGGCCCAGCCCGUGACACUGGGCCCCAACCUAAGGCCCCUGUGCUUGCCAUAUGCUGACCACUACUUGGCUGAUGGGGAACAUGGCUGGGUCCUAGGGUUGAGCCACCAAGGCACAGGCCCCAGCUUGCUUCAGACAGUGCCUGUUACCUUCUUGGGACACAGGGCCUGCAGCCAGCUGCACAUGGCCCUUGGGAGCAACAGCACCCCUGUUCUGCCAGGGAUGGUAUGCAGCAGUGUUGUGGGGGAACCACCCCACUGUGAGGGUCUGUCAGGGGCACCACUGGUGCAUGAGGUGAGGGGCACGUGGUUCCUGGCCGGACUGCACAGCUUUGGAGAUGCCUGUCAGGGUCCAGCGAAGCCUGCAGUCUUCACAGCCCUGCCGCCCUAUGAGCACUGGGUCAGCAGCCUUGACUGGCAGGUCUACUUUGCUGAGGAGCCUGAACCUGAGCCUGAGCCCGACGAGCCCACAAGCUGCCCAGCUAACAUGAGCCAGCCAGGAAGCUGCUGACAACAAUCACCCUCCCAGGCCCCGCACCCAGUUGUGACUCCAGGCCCAAACAGGCCUGCCAGCUGCCUGCGCCCUCACCCUGCUGGACAGGGAACUGCCACCUGUG